AUGGGCACGCCUGCGCCCUUCAAGAUCUUCAAGGCAACGCCGCCGCCGGCCCCGCUGGGGCGGAAGCCGAUUGGCUACCGAGGCAACCAUUGGCACAAGAAGGUUCUUUACGACCCAGUCUAUCCGACAACCAAGAUCCCUGCGGCCCUGGUUCCGCGCUACCCGAUCGACUGGCGCAACGGAGGGCGCGCGUUGCUGAUCGCGGCGCUGUCGAAGCUGGAGGGCACUUCGUCGCUCCAGCGGCGGAUUUUCCUGAGCGAGAAUAGCCGGGAGAGCCAGACGCCUCAGGCGCCGCUGACGGCUUUUCAGAAUGCAGGCGGGUCGGCCGCGGGCGGCGCCCCCUACCUCGUCUCUUCGCUGGGGCGGAAGCGGAGCGUCGCCGGGCGUGUCGUGGUGAGCCUCAUGGGCCGCCACCGGCAAAUCCUCGACUACCAAUCCCGCGGCGGUUUCUGCUCGCCGAGAUGCUUCGCGGAGUGUACGAAGGAACUCAAGCGCUGCCUCUGCGCCUGGCGCUGCAGCGGCUUCCACGAACACGUCGUGCAGAUGGACGGCAUGCUCGGCGACUACAAGGGCGAGGUGAAGACCGACAAGCCCCUCUUCUCCGUCCUCAGGCGACAAGCCAGAAAAAACAGCGAGCCGGCGGAGGGCGCGGUGUUUAACGCGGCGUCGGGCGCGUUCGAGUCCGCACGCCCCAAGCAGCACCCGGCCUUCGAGGCCUUCGACCGCCACGGGCCCGAAGGCCCUUCGCACAGGCCCGCGCCGCGCCUCGACCCGCCGCUGCCCUUCUACUCGGCGAGCCACGUGCCCAACGUUCCCCGGCCGCCGCCGCCGCAGCCGUACACUGGGCCGCUGGACGUCCGCGACGAUGAACUCGAGCGGGAGUGCGACGACGAGGACAGCGACAGCGAGGAGAAGAUCCGCGGACUCGCUCGCGGGGCAGCGGGGGCGAGGCGAUAG